AAAGACACAAAAUGGGGAAAAGGUGCAAAUGACCCAUAUUUAAGUACCCCGGGCGAUGCAGUCCAUAAACACACUUUGUCAACAAUCUAACUUCAAAAAGUUUCGCCGGGAAAUCAAGAUUCAAGAAUCUCUUCAUCCAUAUUCCUAUCCGGUAACAAACAUUUCAUUCCAUUUCUAAAGUUGAAAUAUGGAUGUAACAUUGGUGACAAUAUUAUUGGGUAUCUUGUUAGCUGUGCUCAUUGUCAUACCUCGACUGCUCAGUAAAUCUAAUCAGCCCAAAAAGGUUACAUCAAAUGCUCAGAACAAGGCAGUCCUAUCAUAUAGCAAAGCCGAAGUUGCACUGCAUAACAAGAGAACCGAUUGCUGGAUUAUUAUCAAAGAUAAGGUGUUUGAUGUUACCUCAUAUGUCGAAGAACACCCUGGGGGUGAUGCCAUCCUAGCGCAUGCUGGUGAUGAUUCAACUGAAGGUUUUUAUGGGCCACAACAUGCUACACGAGUAUUUGAAAUGAUUGAUGACUUCUGCAUCGGAGAUCUAGAAAAAUAAUUGCUUACUUCCAUCAAAUGGUAAGAAAAUGUUUAUCUGAAGUCAAAAUUCGAGAAGUGCCUGCCUCAUGAUGAAGCAUCAGUUAUGUCUACGGCGACCUAUUGCCCUGUUACCCAUCUUCCCAUAUCAAGCUCUGCAUUGCUGAUUUUCGCGAAUUCAGUUGUCCCGUCAUCUUCUUUUGUUAAUCAGCUUAGCAUGGAAUUGAAACCCAAAAUUUCAUGCCAUUUGGUGUAUGUGCCUCAUCUUGUAAUAUGCAAAAGCUCUAGCUUCUGUCGACGCUUUGACGUUUUCGUCGUGUUUAAACCUCAAAUAUUGUUGAGUCCGAAGUGCACAGAUACCCGACUUUCUGACCACCA